AUGUCCAAAGCAAUUUACAUAUCCCCAAUUGAUGGCAAGCCCGGCAAGCCAGGCCAAGUCUACUACCCACUCUCCCUCCGCACCAUCCCCAAGCCUUCCCCACAAGGGGGUGAGCUAUUGGUGAAACUGACUGCCGCGGCGCUCAACCACCGCGACCUCUUCCUCCGUCAACACCUCUACCCAGGCGUGACCUUCGAUGUGCCCCUGCUCGCAGACGGAGUCGGUACCGUUGUCGGCACUGGCCCGAACGUCCCCAGCCCAGAGAAAUGGCAAGGCAAGCGUGUGAUCCUGACCCCCGGUGCUGGCUGGAAGGAUUCACCCGAUGGACCAGAGGAGGCUACUGGAUACCGGAUUAUGGGAGGCACCAAGGUUUAUGACAAGGGGACAUUGCAGGAAUAUCUCACCAUCGAGUAUUCGGAGGUCGAGGAGGCCCCCGAGCAUCUCUCUGAUGCCGAGGCUGCGGCUUUGCCUGUGACGGGCUUGACGGGCUGGAGAGCUCUGAUUACCAAGGCUGGCGAGAGGAACUCUAAGGAUGGUGCUGCUGUCUUGGUUACUGGCAUUGGUGGUGGUGUGGCUCUGAUGGUGCUGCAGUUUGCCGUUGCUAGAGGUGCGCAUGUCUUUGUGACGAGCUCGAGCCAGGAGAAGAUUCAGAAGGCCAUUGAGCUGGGUGCGGCUGGCGGUGUUAGCUAUAAGGAAGAUGGUUGGGAAAAGAAGCUGUUGGGUAUGCUUCCAGCUGGGAAGAGGAACUUCGAUGCCAUCAUUGAUGGUGCCGGUGGUGAUUCUAUUGAGAAAUCUGUCAAGUUGCUCAAGGCCGGCGGUGUCCUCUCUGUCUAUGGAAUGACUGUUUCUCCUAAGAUGCCAUUUACGAUGUCUGCUGUUCUCAAGAACAUCGACGUCCGCGGUUCCACGAUGGGCUCACGGAAGGAGUUCAAAGAGAUGAUUGAGUUCGUCAAUGCUAAGAAGAUGCACCCUGUGGUGUCGCGAGUUCUGCAAACCGAACUAGAUAACUUGUCCGCGAUCGAUGAGCUGUUCGAAGACAUGAAAAAGGGCACUCAGUUCGGCAAACUGGUGAUUGAGUUUGGCAGGUCAGGCAACUCCGAGCGUAUCUUAGAAGACUCGUGGGACGAAGGUAGUUUUCAGUCCUUUGACGCCACUCAUUAUGCCCUGCAAACCCUUAACAAGCACAUCGAACGAAGACUCGCAAAAGUGCAAGCCAAUACAGUCCGCCUGAAGCGUGAAUUGUGGCUGCUGCAACGACACAUCAAAGAAUUCCGCCAUCCUCUUUUUGAGAACUGGGAAGCCGACCUGCUCACGCGUCUUAUCGAGGUUGCUCACGCCCAUCAGCAUAAGAAGCUACCGGGCGGCGUUGUGAUCGGAGAGUCCUCUUUUGCCGAACGAGAAAACCUCAACCAUGCAUACAGCAUUGCAGCGAAGGGAAUCCGCAUGCCGACUCUUCAUAAGCUUGGUCUGUCGGAGAAGUAUCAUCAGGCUCUACAGCGAUAUUCAGAGGUCGCUCCUUAUCGAAGCCCCAAUCCCUUCCAGACUGAAUUUGCGUUCGCCAAAUGGCUGGUCGAGGUGCGGGAAGACAGACCGGAGCUGUAUAGUUUUUGGUCCAAGCUCUUCCCCGUCUGCUACGACCGCACCGUCCAAGAGAGUGCCUCUAUCUUCUAG